GUGACUUCAACACUAACCAGGGAGGGAGGGAGAGAGAGAGAGAGCGCGCGCGCGGUAGUUGCAGGUCUAUCUGAAUUGAGCCGCGCGGAUGAAGCACCGGUCACCUUCGGAGCAGCAUCACGGGAAGCUUCCCCGGGUCAGUGUCCCCGCCGCGGCCUCACCGCCCAGCGACAUGGAGGACAAAUCCACGUUCAGUCCACGGGAACUCACCCAGAACCCUCUGAAGAAGAUAUGGAUGCCAAAUAAAAAUGGCCUUCCUGAAAAACACAUUUCUCAUCGAAGGGUAUGUAUGACCAACUGUCCCACCCUGAUCGUCACUGUGGGCCUGCCUGCGAGAGGAAAGACCUACAUCUCCAAGAAGCUGACCCGCUAUCUGAACUGGAUCGGCGUCCCGACCAGAGAGUUCAACGUUGGACAGUACCGGAGGGAGUUCCUGAAGAUCUACAAGUCCUUUGAGUUUUUCCAUCCCAACAACGAGGAAGGUUUGAAGAUCAGAAGGCAGUGUGCUUCCGCGGCUCUGAACGACGUGCGACAGUAUUUAACAGAGGAAGGAGGCCAAGUCGCUGUUUUUGAUGCGACAAACACAACCAGAGAGAGAAGGGAGACUAUCCUGGAGUUUGCAGAACAGAAUGGUUUUAAGGCUUUUUUUGUAGAGUCGGUGUGUGAAGACCCUGAAGUCAUUCAGGAAAACAUUGUUCAAGUGAAGUUGGGAAGCCCAGAUUACACUAACUGCAACACGGAGGAAGCAGUGGAGGAUUUCAUGAAGAGGAUAAAGUGCUAUGAAAACUCUUAUGAGACGCUGGACGAGGUCUUGGACAGGGAUCUCUCCUUCAUCAAGAUCAUGGAUGUCGGCCAGCGCUACUUGGUCAACAAGGUGCUGGACCACGUCCAGAGCCGGAUCGUCUACUACCUCAUGAACAUCCACAUCACGCCGCGCUCCAUCUACCUGUGUCGCCAUGGAGAAAGCGAGCUCAACGUCAAGGGUCGGAUCGGGGGCGACUCGGGUCUCACGCCGAGGGGGAAAGAGUUUGCUAAGAAGUUGAACCAGUUCAUCCAGACGCAGAAUAUAGGCGAGCUGAAGGUUUGGACCAGCCAGAUGAAGAGAACUAUCCAGACAGCAGAGGCCCUCAAUGCCCCGUAUGAGCAGUGGAAGGUCCUCAACGAGAUCGACGCGGGUGUGUGUGAGGAGAUGAUGUACGAGGAGAUCCAGGAAAAUUUUCCGCUGGAGUUCGCCCUGAGGGACCAGGACAAGUACCGCUAUCGCUAUCCAAAAGGAGAGUCCUACGAGGACCUGGUGCAGCGCCUGGAGCCCGUCAUCAUGGAGCUGGAGAGGCAGGAGAAUGUGCUGGUCAUCUGCCACCAGGCGGUCAUGCGCUGUCUGCUGGCCUACUUCCUGGACAAGACGGCAGAGGAGCUGCCGUACCUGAAGUGCCCACUGCACACUGUGCUGAAGCUGACCCCCGUGGCCUACGGCUGUAAAGUGGAGUCCAUCUGCCUAAACGUGGACGCAGUCAACACGCACAGAGAGAAACCAGAGAACGUCGACAUCCAUCGUACCACGCAAGACGCCCUGCAGACCGUCCCUGCUCACCUCUGAUGUCUGGGUUGGAAUCGGGUGAUACUGAAGUGACCUCUCUGCCCCUCCCCCCCCACCGGUCUUGUGCGUUUCUCACAUUUCCAGCCACUCCAACCCGCUUUCCACCCGUGACCCAUUGAUUGGGUGGACGAGGUGCCACACUGCCACAAUCUGUAGCUCCUCCUGUGUCUUGUUUCUCCUGUUCCGAGUUUAAGGAGCGUUUGACCUUUGUGAACCAGAUGUCCAUGUCGUAAGCACUCGGCUCUCGUUAAAUUUGCCGUUUUCAGCGUGACGGUGUUGUGCGGAGGCACACUUGACCCUGGGAAGUCAUUGUGACGUGUUUUCAAGUGUGAACCCUGUGGUUUCUACAAAAUAAUUGUGCAACUCGUCUGCUGCAUGUUUGACUUUGUGCAAUCAUAAUUUCACAUGAAGUGAUCAUGUGCAGCUCUGUAGAUUUUGAAACCUGCUCCGAUAUGAAAACAAAGCUCUUUACAAUAACUGCCUGUGCUGACAGGAGUGAACGAAGUAGAACAGUAAACUAUGAUAAGCCGUUGCUAGAAUUGAGUGGAAGUAGUUUUUUCUUCCCCUCUUCCUGGUUACUGUAUGUGAUGGGAUGAGCCCACCUGUAAAAUAUUAUUGAGGCAACACAUAGGAAUGCAAAAAAGGAUCAUUAGCCCAAAAAUAUUGAUCUCGACUUGAAAAUGUAUGUUCCCACUCUACUGCAAUAAAGAUGUUAUUUUUCUAAACCACUCAGAAUUUUUAUGCUUUACUUUUUCCAACAGCAUUCGUCUCUCAUCUGCUAAAAAACAAGUCAAUACCUUAUAUGAUGUGUGAAACACGCUUGGUAUGAUUCAUUACUUCACUUAACAGGAAGUUAGGCAUCCUCUCUCACUAGGGGGUGAAGCGAACAAAGUAUCAUCUGAAACCAAUUACUUUGUCAUUUUCUGGUGUGGCAAGGUAGUAUUGUUUCAAAAAUCUAACUAUUUUAUUGUGGUAAAAUAAUGCUUUGUGUAUUAAAAGUGUCAAAUGUU